CGAACCAGAAAUCGAUCAAUCAAUUUGUCAAUUCGAAUGUCUCGAUUAAAGACAAUCGACUUGAUCGACCCAAUCCACGCCAGAUCUUUUUUGCCAGGUCCUGCGGCUACCAGAUCCUCUGGGUUUGGUCGUUGCUCUUGACGACGAGACACGAUCACGCAUCCACGAGGUCACAUACAUACUGCAUCGACCACCAACUACCUACUGUACGGUCAAAGGUUACCCCCUCUUUAUCUAGCUAGAAAGUAUCACCACGGUUGCCAUUGAUAAGCAGGAAGCAAACAAUAACGUAAGGCAACAAAACGCCAUGGAGAAAUCGUACGCCGCACUGAAUCCCUUUCUCGUGGGCAACUCGACAUCGGAAAUACUCGACGGGAUUGACGACGAUUCCUCCAAAGAAGACGAAGAUCCUCUCAGCAUGUCUUCUUCUUUCAAUGACUAUUCCAGCGAUGAAGAAGAUUGGGACGAAGUGGGAAGCAUCAGCAAGGACAAGGACGUGACGACGACGACGACGACGACCGCACAAGAUAAACGUCGUUCGAUUUAUAAGUCGAUUCAAGCCCACAUGCCAUUUGAAUAUCGAGGAGCCUUUACCGUGUCGGACAAUUGGGAGAACAAGAGUCAGGCGUUCUACUAUGCACACAAGGCCAUUAUUUUCAAGCUCGUCUUUGGAUUGUGCUUGUUCAUUAUGAUGGGAGGAAUCACACUCCACGCGUCGCAAGACGUCCCUCAUUCCAAUGAUUACUUGCGUACUAGCAGUCAAGAUGAAGACUUGGAAAUUGCCGCAUUUGAAAUUGAAGGCGAACCCAUCAACGAAGUAGUUCAGACCAUUCCUGAAAAGGGAGAUUUGCAUCUAGCCCUCAACGUGCCCGACACUACUACCUCCACUACGAAAGAGCAAGAGGACAAGACUGACACUGACAAGGUCGAGAAGGAGGGUGACACUGACAAUCACAGUAGUAGUAGCCGUGGCAAUGACAAGUCGGAACAAGCAUCGUCCAAGGAGGAAGACGCUCUUCCCGUGGGUUGGAAAUCGUACGUGGAAGAUCGGACCGGCAGGACCUACUAUUACAACACCAAGGACAAGACGACUACGUGGACCAGGCCAACCGAGCCUGUGCCUGUUUCCAGUGAAGUGGUUGCAGAGGGUGGUGCCUCUGAAAGUUCCUUAUUAAGAGGCGGUACUAGUAAAAGCACUAGUCGCAAUGGUGAUGAUCAUACUAGCAAAGCCAGCAAGCAAGAUCAGAAUGCUAGGAAAGAAGGUCCUUUGCCUGAUGGAUGGGAGGAAUAUGUGGAUGAUAAGAGGGGAAGAACUUACUACUAUAACACCAAGGAUAAGACGACAACGUGGACUCGACCAAAACAGGAAGAUUCCAGCAGCAGCAGCUCAUCGGAUUCGGGAGACGGCGAACGAUCAUGACCAUGCAUGCAUGCAUCUAUCUCCCACCAAGACUGGCCUUGCCUUGGUGUCCUGCUGAUGUUCUCUCGAAAAAGCCAGGGCUGAACCCAAGACCUUUCGAUUCGACGUUCUGCUUUGACCUUGAUGCCACGAUGGCAACAAUUUACACACACGCAAAAGCUUGCCCUCUUCUAGGUUUCCCCUUUUGCGCUUCGAUCCCUUUCUAUAGAGCAAUUGCUUACUUACUCUUACCUCUACUAGCUAGAAUGCUGUCAUACUGU